AUGGCUGACCAUGAACUUCCACCUCUACCACCAGAGGCAUUUCAACAAGAACAUCAGAACGACGCUACGAUGCCAACGAGGACGUCGCUCGAGUUUGCAAACGCAGUCCCAGACGCGUUACAAGAGCUCACCGCAGCAACAAACGGGAUGAGCAUCUCGGGCGGCUCGACGAGAGCAUCCAAGGAGCUCACACGGUCACCCAGAGACAAUAUCGACGCAGACAGCAUCGGCCACGAAUCCCUUGGCGGACGCUCCCGCUCGUCGAGAGAGGGAGCGCGCUCGCCCAAGAAGCUGUCAAAAGUGACCAAAAAGGAGGUUCCAUAUGCUGAUGAUUUCACUCCACCACCCCGAAACUCGAGCAAGAGCAUGGCAGCGCAGCAGGAAAGCCCAGUACAGUCCAUGUCUCGGCGGUCACUCGACGCCAGCCAGGAGCUACGGCCUGCAUCGUACCAGAAUGGCUCUCUCGGUCAGUCUUCCGUCGCAAGAGACUCGUCUCCGCGUCCCCGUCCGCCCAGAACGGCCCCUCUUGAAGAACCCUUGAAUCCACGGGACGCUCCCGAACGCAGACCGCGCUCACAAUAUCCGGAACAUCUCCAACAGUCUGGUCCACCUCCAUCCCAGACACAAGGAUCCGUCUAUUCGGGCCAGUAUCCUCAGCAUCAUCACGCCCAGUCUCAGCAAUGGACUCAUCCAGAUCGCGACUUUUUGCACCAGGAAGGAGAUGGAUUCUAUGGAGGAACAGCUGGAUAUCCAUAUCAACAACAAUAUGAUGAAGCUGCAAUGACCCAGUCUGGGUUCCGCGACCCCUCGCCUGCUAUCCUCGACCAGUCGCACCUGCGACCAGGAGAAAAGGCGGCGUUACUCUCCAACGAGCAGUCGAUGGCGCUCUAUCGCGCAAAUGCAAAGAAAAGUUCCGACCCGGACAUUGUCUUUGAAUUUGCAGCCUUUAUGCUCGAAGCGUCAAAGACCAUUGUAGUCCCACCAGCAGACCCGACCUAUUCGAAUCAACUCGAGAUUGAAAAGGCCAACGAAAAGCGAGAGGGCUACAUUCGCGAAGCGCUCCAGCUCCUCAAGAAAAUCGCCGACAGAGGCCAUGUCAUGGCUCAAUACACUUUGGCCGAUUGCUACUCAAACGGAAUCGGAACCGUAAAGGGCCGCCAGGACUUUGAUCGCGCGUUCCCACUGUUUGUCGCGGCCGCAAAACACUAUCACGUCGACGCUGCGUAUCGAGCGGGGACGUGCUGCGAAUACGGAUGGGGAUGCAGAAAAGAUUCAGCCAAGGCGGCUCAUUUCUAUCGAGCCGCAGCCUCGCAACAGCAUCCCGGGGCCAUGUUCCGUCUUGGCCAGGCCGAGAUGAACGGGGAGCUUGGCCUCUCGAAGAAUCCCAAGGAGGGCAUUACGUGGCUGAAGCGUGCCGCGGAGAAUGCGACCGCAGAGUUUCCUCACGCCCUCCACGAACUCGCUCUAUGUCAUGAGAAUGGCGUCCCCAACGUCAUCUUUGUCGACCUCGAUUAUGCGGCAGAGUUGCUGGGGCAAGCUGCAGAACUCGGAUACGCACCAAGUGCAUACAAACUUGGCGAAUGCUACGAAUACGGCAAGAUGGGCUGUCAAGCUGACCCGGCGCUCAGCAUUCACUACUAUAACAUUGCAGCUCAGCAAAACCACCGAGACGCGUGUUUUGCACUCACUGCAUGGUACCUUGUCGGAUCGCCUGGUGUACUCCCACAGUCGGACACGGAAGCCUUUUUGUGGGCGAAGCGCGCUGCGGAUGCUGGUCUCGCAAAGGCUCAGUACGCAGUAGGCUACUUUUACGAGACGGGAAUGGGCACUCCCCCAAGCAUGGCAGAUGCGAUGCAUUACUUUAGACUGGCUGCUGAGCAAGGCGACAAGCGUGCGCAAACAAGGCUCAAGGGUAAUCCACACACUCAGCCCGGACGCGACGCUCAUGGCAAUCCACUUCCUCCAAACUAUCUCCGAAACGAAGGAAUCGAGGCGGGCGGAGGUGGUGGUGGCGGUAAAAAGGACUGCAUCGUCAUGUAG